AUGACUCAUAGUCUUUGUCAAUGCUGGAGAGGUAAGCGAUCUUUUGUCUAUCAGACCCAACUGGCAGGGCUCCUGCCUUCAGUAGUCGGAUCUCUCCUUGCUCCAACUUGGCGUAUUGAUCCGCGAUUUAGCAUUGAAGAAUAUAUAGAAGACUCACUACCCAGUCUCUUGACAAAGGACCCAGUAGAAGCUUGCCUGAAUUAUUUCAACAUUGAAGAAUUCAACACCGACCAGUACAUUCAAGAGGUCCAUGAAUUGUUAGAAACAGCCGCCAGUGCAGAUUUCCAUCCAUGGAGAGUAGUAAAGGAGCCCCUACCUGUGACAUCAAGCACUCCUCCUGUUCCAUCCCUACUGUCUCCACCGAAGCUUGAGUUGAAGCCCCUGCCAGAAAAGCUCAAAUACGCAUUUCUGGGGUCCAACAACACCCUGCCGGUCAUCAUUGCUUCCGACUUACAAAAAGACCAAGAAGACAGUCUGCUCGCAGUGUUAAAAGAAUAUAAAGAGGCUAUUGGUUGGACCGUGGCAGAUUUGAAAGGCAUUGACCCCUCCAUCUGUAUGCACCGGAUCCAUUUGGAAGAAGAUGCUCGACCCUCCCGUCAGGCACAGCGCCGGUUGAAUCCCAACAUGAAGGAGGUAGUAAUGAAAGAGGUCGUCAAGUUACUUGAUGCAGGCAUCAUCUACCCCAUCUCAGAUAGCAAAUGGGACACCCCUUUUCACUUUGAUGAAGCCUGUCACCAGGCAUUCAAGCAGCUCCGGUCCCUAUUAUCCUCUGCUCCCAUCAUGCAGCCGCCUAACUGGUCAUUGCCCUUUGAGAUCAUGUGUGAUGCAUCUGAUUAUGCUGUGGGUGCAGUUUUGGGACAACGGGUAGGCAAGCUUCCUCAUGUCAUUUAUUAUGCUAAGUUUGACAUUGAGAUUCGGGACAAGAAGGGUACUGAAAAUGUUGUUGCUGACCAUUUGUCACGGAUUUCAUUUGCGACACCCCAGCCGGUUCCAGUUCAUGACUCGUUCCCAGAUGAGCAACUCUUAGAAAUCACCCCGAGAAAUCCACCGUGGUAUGCCGAUAUUGUCAAUUAUCUAGCAACAGGCCGGAUUCCCUCUCAGUGGUCUAAGCAAGAUAAGGACCGCUUCUUCAAGCAAGUCCGAUUCUAUUAUUGGGAAGAUCCAGAGUUGUUCAAGUAUUGUGCUGACCAGAUCAUCCGACGAUGUGUUCCUGAGAGUGAAUUUUCCAGCAUUCUUACCUUUUGUCAUUCUCUAGCUUGUGGGGGACAUUUCAGAGUGGAUUAUGUCUCUAAGUGGGUCGAAGCUAUCGCCACAAAAACCAAUGAUCACAAGGUUGUAGUGAAGUUCCUCCAAGCCAACAUUUUUAGCAGAUUUGGUACCCCUCGGGCUAUCAUCAGUGAUGGAGGUAGACACUUUUGCAACCGGUUUUUCAAGGCCUUGCUUCUCAAGUAUUCUGUCACACAUAAGGUCGCCACUCCUUACCAUCCUCAAACAAGUGGCCAAGUGGAAGUGUCUAACCGGGAGAUUAAGCAUAUUCUGGAGAAAACGGUUAGGCCGGACCGCAAGGAUUGGUCCUUGCGCCUCAAUGAUGCAUUAUGGGCCUACCGCACAGCUUACAAAACCCCCAUUGGAAUGUCUCCCUAUCGGCUGGUUUAUGGCAAGGCGUGUCACCUCCCUGUGGAAUUAGAACACAAGGCUAUGUGGGCCAUCAAGCAGUUCAAUUUCGACAUGCAAGCUGCCGGUCCGCACCGGAAACUUCAGUUGACAGAAUUGGAGGAGCUGCGGCGAGAUGCCUAUGAUAGUGCUUGCCUUUAUAAGGAGCGGACUAAGGCCUUUCAUGACAAGCAUAUCUUGCCCAAGCAAUUUGUUCGGGAUCAGAAAGUAUGGCUCUUCAAUUCCAGACUCCGGCUUUUCCCUGGGAAGCUCCGUUCAAGAUGGGACGGCCCCUUCAUAGUCACCUCAGUGUCACCCCAUGGAGCCGUUGAAUUGCGGGACCCAAAGGAUGGCACUCUAUUCAAGGUCAACGGUCAAAGGUUGAAGCCUUGCAUCCAAAACCUCGAGCCAGGUACAGACGUGGAAUCCGUCGAUUUGACGGAUCCCGUCUAUCUUUGUGAUUAA